UUCAAAGAGGUUCAGCUUAGAGCUCUCAGCUUUCAAGAUUCAGAAAUGAAAGGGAGAACGACACCCGAUCCAGGCAUAUUGUCAGUGAAGUAAACACAAAAGGAGGUCACCUGCCUUGCUGCAAAUUCGUAGAUUUGAUUGCCUUUGCCUUUUGUCUAGCAGAUUAAUGGAGAGCCGUCAGAUCAUGAGCACCACCAGUGGGUUGGAAGAAGAAGCAUGCCUAUCAGCGUGGCAACUGGCGAGUGCUGCUGUGCUGCUAUAGAGUUGGGCAUCUUAGAGGUGAUGGCCGAAGCUAGUAAGGGGGAGGGAUCAACACUGCUUACCUCUGAAGAGAUAGCAGAACGACUGUGUGCAAAGAAUCCGGAUGCGCCGCCCCUGAUAGAGCGCCUGCUCCGACUGCUUAUAAGCUACUCAAUCCUCACCUGCUCUGCCACCACCAACACCAACAACAAUCACGAUUUCAGGACCCAGCGGAGAUAUGGGCUGGGAAAUAAAUCGGGGUUCUUGUUCGGAGAUGAGAGUGGUGAUUCCUUUGGACCUCCGGUUCUCAUGUUGCAAGACAAGGUGUACAUGGAGCCAUGGUAUCAUCUCAAGGACGCAGUGUUGGAUGGUGGCAUCCCCUUCCACAGGGCCUACGGCAUGAACUGCUUUGGUUACCAUCGGAAGGACCCACGCUUCAAUGAGCUGUUCAACAAGAGCAUGCACCAUCACUCGGCCAUCAUCAUGAAGAAGAUCCUGGAGACGUAUACUGGCUUCCAUGGCCUCCGCUCCCUGGUGGACGUUGGGGGAGGGACUGGUGGCAACCUGAGCCUCAUUACAGCAAAGUACCCCCACAUCAAGGGCACCAACUUCGACUCACCACUUGUCAUUGAAGAAGCUCCAACAUAUCCUGGCCUGGUAGGCGUUCAACAUGUUCAAGGCGAUAUGUUUGCUAGCGUACCAACUGGCGAUGCCAUCUUCAUGAAGUGGAUCCUUCAUGGCUGGGAUGAUGAUCAUUGCCUGAAACUGCUAAAGAAUUGUUGGAAGGCACUGCCAGAGAAUGGCAAGGUGAUUGCUGUGGAGAUGGUUUUGCCGGAGACUGUAGAUAACAGGUUAAGCACAUCUGCGGCGUUUCAGCUCGAUGUCUUGAUGUUGGCACUAAAUCAUGGAGGGAAGGAGAGGACGGAGAAGGAGUUUAAGGGUUUGGCGAUGGCUGCUGGGUUUACAGGGAUCAAGGCCAUAUGUUGCGCUUACAAUUUCUGGGUCAUUGAAUUCUACAAGAACAUGAGCACCAAUUGCCUCCUCGUUGUUGAGGGAGACGGGAUGUCCCCAUGA